CGCCCACCCGGUGACGCAGGUGAAGGCCUGGCGUUUUGUUUGCGUAGAAGGGGAGAAAAAAAAACUAGUGAAAGAGACCGAGGAGAAGCAGCGUGAGAGACGUACCGGCUACGUAUUGCGUCACCGACCGCUGCGGCCUACCCUCACUGCGCACACAGCGUACUUACCGGGACCAAAGGGCUCCCUCCGUAUUCUCGGGCUUUUGUUACCUGAGUGGAUUAUAACACCCAAGCCGACACCAGCUGGGAGCAGGCCUCAGUGCGUGAGCGACCAGCACCCAACAAACCCCGCGCUUGAAGGAACUUGGGAGACCUUCUUGCCCGGCUGGCAUGGAGGGAGCAGUAGUGACAGACAAGAAAAGGAUCAGUUCGGAGCGGCGGAAGGAGAAAUCUCGGGAUGCUGCAAGGUGUCGGAGGAGUAAAGAAUCGGAGGUCUUUUAUGAACUGUCCCACCAGCUGCCGCUGCCUCACAAUGUCAGCUCUCAUCUUGAUAAAGCCUCCAUAAUGAGGCUCGCCAUCAGCUACCUGCGUCUAAGAAGGCUCCUCGAUGCAGGUGAAGCAGCUGGAGAGUCUGACAUGGAAAAACAGCUGAAUUGUUUUUAUCUAAAGGCCUUAGAGGGAUUUGUUUUGGUCCUGACUGAGGAAGGGGAUAUGAUCUACCUGUCUGAAAAUGUCAACAAGUGCAUGGGACUCACACAGUUUGAGCUGACUGGGCACAGUGUGUUCGACUUCACCCACCCCUGUGAUCAUGAGGAGCUGAGGGAGACGCUGACAUUUAGAAAUGGACCAGCAAAGAAGGGUAAAGAGCAAAUCACAGAGCGCAGCUUCUUCCUGCGUAUGAAGUGCACCCUCACAAGCCGGGGGAGAACCGUAAAUAUCAAGUCUGCCACGUGGAAGGUUCUUCACUGCACAGGGCACAUGCGUGUGUAUGACAACUGCAACAACCAGAGCCAUUGCGGAUAUAAGAAGCCACCCAUGACCUGCAUGGUGCUGAUCUGCGAACCUAUCCCUCACCCAUCAAAUAUUGAAUUUCCAUUGGACAGUAAAACCUUCCUGAGCCGCCACAGCCUUGACAUGAAGUUCUCUUAUUGUGACGAAAGAGUUACAGAGCUGGCAGGAUAUGAGCCAGAUGAACUCCUGGGAAGGUCAGUGUAUGAGUAUUAUCACGCCCUGGACUCUGACCACCUGACCAAAGCACACCAUGACAUGUUCACCAAAGGGCAGGUGACAACAGGACAGUACAGGCUGCUGGCCAAGAAAGGUGGCUAUGUCUGGGUGGAGACACAGGCCACGGUUAUAUACAAUACAAAGAACUCCCAGCCCCAGUGUAUUGUGUGCGUGAACUAUGUCCUCAGUGGCAUUGUGGAGAACGAGCUGGUCUUAUCCCUUGGCCAGACAGAGUCCACAGAAUCUGCUGAAAUAAAGAUGCCGCAGAUCUUCACUAAACUGGAUGUGGAGGAGGACACGGAAAGCCUGUUUGACAAACUGAAAAAGGAGCCGGAGUCACUGACUGUUCUUGCACCUGAUGCUGGAGAUGAGAUCAUAGCCUUGGACUUCAGUUCCAGUGAUUCAGAGCCGCAGUUUGACGAUGUCCCACUGUAUAAUGACGUCAUGAUGCACCCAACCAGUAAGCCUCCAGAAAACCUGGUGUCUCCGCUUCCAGCGUUAGAGAAGCCGAAGCCUAUGCGUAGCAAUGCCGACCCUGCUCUGAACAGGGAGGUGGUGAUCAAGAUGGAGACUAGCCCACAACAGCUGGCACUGGCUUUUACCAUUCCACAGCUCUCCAAGCCAUCUAGUCCAACAGAAAUCAGCAGCAGCCAGAGCUCAACGGAGCCUGGCACUCCAGCAGAAUAUUGUUUCGAUGUGGAUAGUGAGAUCUCCCGGGAAUUUAAGAUGGACUUGGUUGAGAAACUUUUUGCCAUUGACACAGAAGCAAAGACUCCAUUCUGUACACAGGAAACAGACUUGGACCUGGAAAUGUUGGCUCCAUAUAUCCCAAUGGACGAUGACUUCCAGCUAAGAAGCUUUGACCAGCUUUCCUCCAUGGAGACUGAUUCCACUCAUCCGCAGUCACUAGAAAGCAUGACCAAUCUGUUCCAGCCAUCUACUGCUCCACCCAUUACCGAUCUGAAAGCAAUCGCCACUGAAGCCAUGAGCGAUUUGGAAACCAUCAUUGUGCACUCGCCUACACCACCCAAUAAAAAGGUGCUAAGUGCCCCCGCUUCCCCAUAUAAUGCAAACCGAAGUCGGACAAGUUCUCCCGUGAGGACAGAGAAAGCAGCCGAAAAGGACAGAUCCCGCCCUGGAACUCCCAAUUUAACGAGUUCGCUAAAUAAAAGACCUGCACCCAUGGAUGACGAAAUGAGCCCAAAGAUGAUCGCUUUACAUAAUGUCCAGAGAAAACGCAAAAUUGAAAACGAUGGGCCUUUGUUUCAAGCAGUGGGACUAGGAACGUUAUUCCAAACGAAUGUUAAUCCAGGGCCUAACUCUCCUCUGUUAUGGAAAUGUGUCAAAGUGUCAGACUCUGAUAAGCCAACUGGCCCUGAACAACGAACAAUCCUCUUAUUGUCUACAGAUAUGGCCAGUCGAUUGCUUGGACAGUCGUUGGAUGGCACCAGGCUUCCUCAGCUAACUAGCUACGACUGCGAAGUGAACGCCCCGAUACAAGGAAGCCGGAACCUGCUGCAGGGCGAGGAAUUAUUAAGAGCCCUCGAUCAAAGCAACUGAUCCAUUCUCUGUUCAACUUCUGGACACUUCUUCACCCCAAAGCAGUGUAUUUAUAUUUUCUAGCUCUGAUCAUUUAGAAGCCUUGUCUACAUGACCGCACUACUUCAGUUAGCGCCAUUUCCAUCCCGUCUCUGCUUUCCUCGGCCACCUCCUCCCAUGUUUUUACAGUAAUAACCUUUUUCCAACGCCAUCUAUAAAGCUAUAUGCUUUUCAUACCCACCUAUAAAUAUAUAUAUUAUAAAUAUAAACGCAGAGUCAAACUUGCACCUUCUGUUCGAAUUUUCUAUGCCUACAAGUAGAUUUUCACGACAAAUCAACAAGUCCAUACCGCGCAGCAUUAUUUCUUGUGAUUCCAUGGAAGGUUCAGGUUCUUUUUUUUCUUGCUUAUUUCGGUAAUAUGCCUUCAUUAUGUUCUCUCCUACUGCACAGGAAAAACAAUGCGUCUCCAGCGGUGCAUUGUAGUCACAGUCGCACAAUUCUAUAUUUUCUUAAG